GCCUCUCUCAAACCCGCUGCCGUCUAAAUGGUGGAAAUGGUGACGUUGGGGAGGGUCGACUUUGUGGUGACAUUGACGCUAUGUAGAUGAGAGUGUGGCUCCAUGUUACGUCCCCGCUCGCGCCAACUCAGACGGUGUCUCUCGCCGUCUUCUCUGCCCUCCUCUCUUUCAGCACCACUUCUUUAAGGACAGCACCUCGCCCUCCAAGAGGCGUUUGUUCCCAGGAGCCGAGGUUCGCUGUCAAGCAAAGUUGAUCGCUGAGAUUCAUUUUAUUUCAACUGUGGAUUUGGGGAGAUUUCCACCCAGGUGUACCAGCAAGAAGAGCGAGUGCAUAUUGGCUGUGCGCGCACCUGCUCCACAUUUCCCCACAUUAUAUCUCUUUGCUCGACUCCAAUCGCGGAAUUUUGCCGACUCACUUGACCCCGAGCUGUUUCCCGAUCUGGUGAUCAACCAUUGGCCAGGACACUCCUAAACGCGCUGCGACCAUGGCCACAAACGGGACCAAAGCCGCGGACGGACAAGUCUUAACGGAGACCGUGAACGACGGGCCGAGCGCCACACCUAACGACAAACCCAAAACCCUGGUGGUGAAAGUGCAGAAGGCGAAAAAGGAAGCACCAGAGAGAGAAACGUGGGCUGGAAAAUUUGACUUUCUGCUGUCUUGUGUAGGAUAUGCAAUCGGACUCGGGAAUGUCUGGAGAUUUCCUUAUUUAUGUGGCAAGAACGGAGGAGGGGCCUUCUUGAUUCCCUACUUUUUGACCCUGAUAUUCGCUGGCAUGCCGCUGUUCUUUCUUGAGACGGCGCUGGGUCAGUACACUUCUAUUGGUGGGCUUGGAGUCUGGAAACUGGCGCCCAUGUUCAAAGGUGUCGGCUUGGCUGCUGCUGUUCUCUCGUUUUGGCUCAAUAUCUAUUAUAUCGUCAUCAUCUCCUGGGCUCUUUACUACUUGUACAAUUCCUUCACGGCUGAACUGCCAUGGCAAACGUGUGGCAAUCCUUGGAAUACUGAGCGCUGCUACACCAACUACAGCAUCGCUGACACGUCCAAUCUGACCAGUGCUGUGGUGGAGUUUUGGGAACGCAACAUGCACCAACUGACCGACGGUCUGGAGAAGCCGGGAGAGAUCCGAGUUCCACUGGCUAUCACACUUGCCAUUGCUUGGGUCCUUGUCUACUUCUGCAUCUGGAAGGGAGUCAGCUGGACUGGCAAAGUGGUGUACUUCUCAGCCACAUAUCCAUACUUCAUGCUGUUCAUCCUCUUUUGCCGUGGCAUCUCUUUACCUGGAGCCAUGGAUGGAGUCCUCUUCUACAUCACACCCAACUUUGAAAAACUGAAGGAGUCCGAGGUUUGGCUGGAUGCUGCCACUCAGAUCUUUUUCUCCUAUGGCCUGGGAUUAGGCUCGCUGAUUGCCCUUGGCAGCUACAAUCCCUUCAACAACAAUGUUUACAGAGAUUCUGUCAUUGUCUGCUGCAUCAACUCCUUCACCAGCAUGUUCGCCGGCUUUGUCAUCUUCUCCAUCGUGGGAUUCAUGGCAAAUGUAACAAAGAGGCCAAUCGAAGACGUGGCAGCUUCAGGACCUGGACUUGCAUUUCUGGCUUAUCCGGAGGCCGUCACCCAACUCCCAAUUUCUCCUCUCUGGGCAAUCCUCUUUUUCUCUAUGCUGCUGAUGUUGGGGAUUGACAGCCAGUUCUGCACUGUUGAGGGCUUCAUCACUGCAUUGGUGGAUGAGUUCCCUCACGUUCUCCGAAAACGCCGGGAAAUCUUUAUCGCCAUCGUCUGUGUCAUCUCCUAUGCCAUUGGACUGUCCAACAUCACACAGGGAGGGUUGUAUGUCUUCAAGCUCUUUGACUACUACUCCGCAAGUGGAAUGUCUCUGCUCUUCUUGGUCUUCUUUGAGUGCAUUUCCAUUUCAUGGUUUUAUGGUGUGAACAAGUUCUAUGAGAACAUUGAAGAAAUGAUCGGGUACAAGCCGUGUCUGUGGUGGAAGGCCUGCUGGUGUGUUUUCACUCCACUCAUUGUUGCUGGAGUGUUCUUGUUCAGUGCAGUGCAGAUGGUUCCGCUCACCAUGGGCGACUAUGUCUUCCCGGCCUGGGGUCAGGGAGUGGGAUGGCUGAUGGCCCUCUCUUCCAUGAUCCUCAUCCCCGGCUACAUGGGCUACAUGUUCCUUAACCUGAAGGGCACGUACAAAGAGCGUCUGCGGAUGAUGAUCAAGCCUGUGGUUCUGGUCAAGGCUCAAGAAAAUGGCCCAGAACAGCAAACUGAAAGCCAGAGCCAGAAUCCUGCCAACGAGGAAGCGUACAUCUAGAAAUCCAUGUCCUUUCUUUGUCUUUAUGGUCCACUCUAGCAGCAGAAUAGGGAUUAAGGUUGGCAACGUCCAUGUCCGCUUUUAUUCACCUACCUCCAGGAGCCACGUGAGACCGACCUGAUCACACUUCAUAUUUCUUCUUUUGUUUAUUUUGGUUUGCACAAUUCAGAGAUCUAAAGAAAAAAAAGAAAACUAUAGUUGAGUAAGUAUGAAUUUUAAUUUUGCAAAAAACAAGAAACAAACAAAAAAAAGUCUUUCUAGAAAAUCAAAUGUGACUAAGUAAAUUCCUGUAUAUUACAUGUAUAAUUUAAAUAUCAAAGGCCUACAAUAGUCGUGUGCUACUUUGGAGAUGUUAGGAAACUAAACUACUGUACAAAUAAAAAAAUGCUUGUUUGUGAAAUAAAUAUGUCGUAGUGGAACAAUUGAGUUCAAUUUGAAGCAAAGUCGAUAUGGGAAUGUGCGGCAGGUCAGGCCAAAUCUGUUGUUUCACAGUAAACAUUGCAUCACAUUUGCACAUUUGCAGAGGCAAGUGUUAAACACCACAUGUUGCAAAAAAGAAAAAAAAAGCACAAAUGACCUCGAGUGCUAGCGGAACUGGCAAGCGUCAGCUGUAUGAUUCAUAUCACGUGACUGUCGUGUGGUUCCAAUCGUCUUUUCUAUUUUUGAUCAUGAGCGGGACCAAACACAUUGAAGCACAGUUCGGAAGAUUGGUUGGGACAAACGGGAAUCACAGUCUUUCUUCCAGCACAUCUCUGUUGAAGAUACACUAUAUGUAUUUGGAGGGCAAAAAGACUGCACCUGCUGUAUUUCUGGAAUAGCUGCAAACCUUCUGACUGUUAACUCGUAUCUCCUUAUAUCGUCUAUCUAGUCACCCACUCCUCAGGAAAAAAAAAAAAAAAAAAGGUAGAUGGAACCAAACUCUCUGUGAACAUGCUGAAUUGCAUGAUACAAACUUGCUGUACUGAGCAGACACUAAUCCUGACAGCAACCCAGUGUGAAGAGAAACGCACAGGCUUGGGAGGAGAGUCCAUCCAAAGUGUUGCCUCCCUUUUUAUUUGCCAUUUUGCUCCUUUCCUUUCCAGUGUUUCGCUCCUUUCCUCUGGAGGAUGACUUUAGCUGGCGAGGGAAGACACAAGCGGCGUCUGUACUGUUACAACAUCAGGGUGAAGCCAGAUGUAAGCCAACACCAGUGAAACUAUUCCUUUUCACAGGGUCAACAGAAACCUGUUGUUACAUAUCAUGUUUGUUGGGCAAUACCAAACCAUUAACAGCAGUCGUCAUGAGAGACCAGACACCUGACUAUCACACGGUGUAUUUGCUUAUGUGCCAGCUACGUGCGACAGAAAUCAGGUUGUUUUACUCCAGUUUAUUUAUAUUUUUAUUAAUGAAGAUAUGUGAAUUCAAAUGAAAAAUGGGGUUGAGUCAAUUUUGUAUGAAGUUAUCAUUCCAAUUUUUUGUUUUCUCUCUUCAAUGAUGAAAAUUGUGUGCUCCAUGUAUCUGUGAAUGUCUGUACAACCUCAUCCCCCUUUCCUUUUGAUUUUCUCUCAACACUGAAGGUGUAUUUUUUCUGCAGUGAUAAAUCUCCGAACGUUAAGGACUCGUUUCACUCAACCGUAAUAAAAAAUAAGAACAUGUACAAUAACAGUAUAGAGUAAUAAUGCAAUGUUUAGUCAGAGAAUAUUCUUUUCUAUAACUCUAGCUGCUGUACCUUGGGCCUCAUGUACAAUAUCAUAUGUAAAAAUAUGUCAUAAAUGUCUUUAGAUUGUGUUGAUAUGGAAAAGCAUGAUUGCAAUAUAUGAUAUCUGCAAAUUCAAUAAAGACCU